AAUAUCAACAGUCCCCAGCCAUCCCUCUUCAGUUUCAAUGCCAUUAUUAACAAUCCUAAAAUGAAGAAAACAACUGUGGCUGUGUUAGACCAGAUGAUGAAUCCUCAUUGGCCAUAUCUUCCAAAACGCAAGGAAAGGUAUAUAACCCAAGAGGAAAAGGAUGGAAUUGAAGGAGUAUGGAACACCAUUUCAGAAGAUCCUUUGAACUUCUAUUUUUACUUUCUUAUCUUGGAUGGUGAUGAAUGUGGGCGACCACCAAAAUCAGGAGAACACAGGGAGUCAAACAACAAAUAUUUCAACUGGAGAGAUAAAUCAUGUUUAAACUGCAUUGCAAAGAGCAGUAACAAGGAGGCCCUACAACAUCCAGUGGUCCGAAUGUUGAUUAAGACAAAAUGGAAGAGUUAUGGACAUUUUUUCCUUUGCCUUCAAACUGCAUUGUAUGUCAUCUUCUUGCUGUUCUUGACAAAUUCUUUGUUGUACGGCUCAACCAAACUGGACCCAACCCAGUACAGGGGUGCAGCAGAUUUAUGGUGUGGAUUUUGUGAGGUUGUCACUCUUGUCAUGGUUGUCUUUUACAUAUGUGAAGAAAACAAUCAAAUGAGAAUAGAAAGGUAUGCAUACUUCUCUGAGUGGAUGACCCUGUUUGACUGGUUAGGCCUGUUGUUGGUCCUGUGUAUAAUUCCCUUACGGUUCACAGGCAGCAAAGCUCAGUGGACAGUUGCAUCUUCAGCUCUCUUGUUUAAUUUCCUGAGGAUUUUUAAGUUCUCAUGUGUGACAAGGACCACAGGACUAUACACGAAAACACUGGCUAAGAUCAUUCAGCAAGACUUGACAAGAUUCAUGGCAGUUUUUGUUGCGAUCUUCCUUCCAUUCUGUGUAGCCUUGUUUUUAUCUCUCCGCUCAUCUAAUCAAAACCAAGAAUUAAGUGGCUUUGGAGAUGUAUUAUUAAGCGGUGUUCGUGCCCUGUCCGAACAACGACCCUUUGUAGCAGAUUAUUCAAGCUUCAAUUGGCUCUCCAUGCUGUUAAUGCUAAUGUACAUGGGAACUGUACUUGUGAUUCUGCUCAACAUACUCAUAGCACAGAUGAGCACGACCUACAUACAGGCCAAGAAAGUCGCCCGUCUGGAGUAUGAUGUGGAUCGUAUUUUACAGCUCACUCGCAUGGAGAGAUUUCCUUUUUUGAAUUUGCGCGUGAAGUAUUACAAAGAGGGAGAGUGGAUCAGUGAAAAGAAACUUGCGGAAGAGCUUCUUGAGUUCAGUGAAGAUCGCAAUCCUUGGGAAUCAGUGGAAGAAAAGCUUAACGCGAUUAGGUAA